AUGAGUAUUAGAUUUGGAAAGAGUAGGAGAGAGGGUGAAGAAUCUGUGACAGAGGGAGCCCAGGAGUGUGGGGUUCAGGCAAUCAAGCCUGUUAUUUCUGGGUAUGCCAGGAUUGUAAAUGGUGAAGAGGCCGUCUCGGGAUCCUGGCCUUGGCAGAUCUCUCUCCAGGACCGCACCAACUGGCACUUCUGCGGAGCCUCCCUCAUCAGCAGUCAGUGGGUAGUAACUGCAGCUCACUGUGGUGUGAGCACCAGUGAUCGCAUAGUUCUUGGAGAACAUGACAGAGGCUCCUCAGAUGAACCUAUUUUUGUUGCAUCUGUUGCUAAGGUUAUCACUCAUCCUAACUGGAAUUCCAACACUAUAAACAAUGAUAUUACUUUAAUCAAACUGUCAUCUCCUGUUACCUUCACUGAUCGUAUUUCACCUGUCUGCUUGGCUGAAGCAACUGAUGACUAUCCUGGUGGCCUGCUCUGUGUCACAACUGGCUGGGGCAAAACACGUUACAACUCUUUCACCACACCAAACAAGCUUCAGCAGACAGCUCUCCCACUGCUAACUCCCGCAAACUUCAGAACAUACUGGGGGUCUAAUAUCACCGACAUCAUGAUCUGUGCUGGUGCUGCUGGGGCCAGUUCCUGCAUGGGUGAUUCAGGUGGUCCUCUGGUCUGCCAGAAGAAUGGCGCUUGGCACUUGGUAGGCAUUGUCUCCUGGGGAAGCAGUAUAUGCUCAACAUCAACCCCUGCUGUUUACGCUCGUGUAACUGCACUUAGAAGUUGGAUCGACCAGACCAUUGCUGCCAACUAAAUUCAUUCAGCAUCUU